AUGAGAAAAGGUGGGGACAAUUCCCAAACUCCGGUUCGUUCCACACCAGACAAUAUCACCGUUCGUAAGAAAAGUCAAAUACCACCUGGCAAUAACCUCAGUCCGUCAGAACAUACUUCAACUGCAUCGGAGCCAGAAGCACUGCUUUCCCUAUCUUCAGAGAUUAGUCUUUUGAGGCAAACCAUGAAUGAAAUGUGGAACUGCUUUAGAGAGCGCCUCGAUACCCUUGGCGAGAAAUUAUCAAAUUACGACGAAAGACUUAGAGUGCUUGAAACUCAAGCAUGUGAAAAUGCUGCUCUUAAAGCCUCAAUUUCUGCCUUGAAGGAGCAAUUAAAUAACCAGACGCAGCUAUCAUUAAGGAAGGAACUAGAAAUUGCUGGUCUCGCGGAAAGUUUAAACGAGAAUCCCGUGCACUUAGCUUUGACUACAGCUUUAAAGUUGGGUAUUAAUCUCCAGGAAACUGAUUUAGACUAUGUUUCUCGGGCUGGUCCUAAGAGGCAGGGUAAAGAGAAGAACAACGACCAUUCUCCAUCGAUGCCUCGUCCUUUGGUAGUUGCUUUUGUUCGGCGGGCUAAGCGAGAUGAGUUUCUAGAGCAUUCAAGGAAUCGCCGACCUUUGAAAAGCAAGGAUAUUAUUACAAAUGACUCUGAUAGCACAAUAUAUGUAAACGAACGCCUUACGAACGAUAACCGCCGUUUAUUUCGAGAUUCCAGACUCUUUGCAAAAAAGCAUGGGUACAAACACUGUUGGGUACGUAACGGUUUCAUAUUUCUCAGGAAGGAGGAUUAUAGGGAUGGAAGUCCAGCAAUUAGAAUACAAUUCCAGGACGACCUCGAACGACUGGUUACAUCGAUCUCUAGACAUUUUCCGAAGACUGACACUGCAAGAGAUUCAUCUGUUAUUGCAUCUUCUCCAGCCUAG